AUGAAACUUGAAAAAGGUAAGUUCAUUUCAACAGAACUCUUGAAAGCCAUUGAGGAAUCAAGAACUGCCAUUAUUAUCUUCUCUGAGGACUAUGCUUCAUCCACCUGGUGCUUGGAGGAGCUCACAAUGAUCAUGGACUGUGUUGACAAGAAGGAACAGAAAGCAUAUCCUAUCUUCUAUAAUAUUGAGCCAUCAGAUAUACGCAUGAAAGGUGAGAGCAACAGCUUUGCUAAAGCGUUGGAAAAACACGUGGAAGAUUACAAGGCUAGUUUUGAGAAGUUGGUAACCAAACACGAGGCAGAUUUCAAGUGUGGUCUGCAGAAGGUAUUAGCCAACAAGACAGAUCGUGCUCUCAGAAAAAAAAAAAGAUAA